AUGGCCGAUUUCACCCGCCUGGCCGUGUUAAUUGGCCUCGCGAUCGUCAUCCUGGUCCGAAGGGCAUUCCUUCAAUACCGCCGGGACCAGAGGCUGCCUCCAGGGCCCCGUCGUCUGCCGUGGCUGGGAAACCUGCAUCAAAUUCCCAAGCAAAAGGCGUAUCUGCGGUACCAUUCCCCGGUCAAGCCACUACCAUCUCCGAAACUGCCCAUACUGACCCUUUCUCCUGUCAGAUUUACCGAGUGGUCCAAGCAAUAUGGCCGAAUCUUCAGUGUCAAGAUUGGACCCGCCCCCGCCGUGGUCAUCAUGGAUCGUCGCCUAGUCAAAGACCUGCUAGAUAAGAAAAGCGCCCUGUACAGUGCCCGACCGCCUUCGUUCGUGGCCCAGGUCCUCAUCACCCGGGGCGACCAGAUGCUCACGAUGAAUUACGGAGACACCUGGCGUCGAUUGCGCAAGACGGUCCAUCGCCACUUCUUCGAGACAGCCUGCGAGACCCGCCAUAUGCGACUGCUGGAGGCCGAGCACACGCAGAUGCUGCGGGAUUUCCUCGUCCGCCCCGACCAGCAUAUGCGGCACCCGGCGCGCACUACCAACAGCAUCAUCAUGAGUCUCCUGUACGGCAUCCGUACCCCGUCUUUUGACACUCUCCACGUGGAAUUCCUCAACGACCUCAUGAGCCGCUGGUCGAAGGUCAUGGAGAUGGGCGCGACGCCGCCCGUGGACAUUUUCCCCUGGCUGCACUGGAUCCCACAGCAGUGGUUGGGAUGCUGGCGGGACCGCGCCAUCGAUGUUGGCAUCCGCAUGAAGUCUCUGUAUCAGUCCUUGCGGACCAAGGUGGCCGAUCGGCAGCAAACGACGGAUCGGGCUCCCUGCUUCAUUAGCGGGAUUCUGGAAGACCAGGGAAAGCUGGGUUUGACCGACAACCAGGUCGACUUCCUUGGGGGGGUCAUGCUGGAAGGUGGUUCGGACACCGGAUCUGCCACGUUGCAGGUGCUCAUCCAGGCAAUGGUGCUCCACCCGGAGGUCCAGCGUCAUGCUCAGGCGGAACUGGAUGCAGUCUGUGGUAACCAGUGCUCACCCGUGUGGGAUGACUUCCCCAAGCUACCAUAUAUCAAUCAGGUGGUAAAGGAAACCAUGCGUUGGCGUCCAAUAUCCCCACUUGGGAUUCCACACGCAUUAGCUGAGGAUGAUUGGGUCGACGGGCGUUAUUUCCUGCCGCGGGGGACUACUGUGUUUCUCAACAUCUGGGGUUUGCACCAUGAUGCGUCUUUCUACCCUGAUCCUGAUCGGUUCAACCCUCACCGCUAUGAGGGGAGGACGGGUCUAGCGGCCGAGUAUGCGGCAUCCGCGGAUUAUGCUGCUCGCGAUCACUACGGCUACGGAGCUGGACGCCGCAUAUGCCCGGGCAUUCACCUGUCCGAGCGCAGCCUGUUCCUCGGCGCGGCCAAAUUGCUCUGGGCGUUCCGGUUUGAGCCAGAACAUGAUGCAGAUGGGGUGCUCAUACCCAUCGACACGGACCCGAAGACUGGCUACUCUGAGGGUCUCCUGGUGGCCCCUCGUCCCUUUGCGUGCCGGGUGAUUCCCCGGUCCAAGGUACAUGAGGAGGUGAUCAUGCGCGAAUUUGCUGAGGCCCAGAGGGACGUGUUUUCCCAGUAUGAAGACGCCUGAAGCGUUAUGGCUGAGUUAAAGUCCACAGGGGUAUGGGAGGUCCGUUUGCGAGGUAACAGGUGUUGCCACAACGUUUCGGGUCUCUUCUUCAAUCAGGCUCGCAGGGACUUGUUCAUCGCCGCUGGAGGAUAGCUAUCGAGAUUCAGUAAGACAACAUGAAAUACAUGGUAGAUCAAAAGAACCAGCCUUCAUCUCUCGUCACUCACUUUCUUGCAUGAUAUGGUGUCGGUCCUCCAAUACUGAGUAUCAGGUACUCAUGAAUGUAUCUCACUGGACCUCUGGAGUAUAUUGAACAAUACGAGUAGAUAGAAUCAGCGUUGAAAAAGGACC